UCUCCAGGUCUCGCGAUAACAGAGGAAGCAGCGCGGCUGGCAACGCAGCGUCACUCGACUCGGAGUAGGGUGGGGGAGCGGAUGACUUAUUAAAUAAAUUACUUAAAAAAAAAAAAAAAAAAAAAGAGCAUGUGAAUUCACCGAAAAAUAAUCGCGAUCCAAACCAGCCGGACUGUGGCGCAUAACUUCGGUAUCACAGGCCGCAACGGAGCUGCGUUGGAUGGUGAGGGGAAUGAUGAUGGUGGUGAUGAUGCUUCCCUGUAUGCCCCGCUGAUACACAGGGACGGUAGGACCGCGGCUGCUGCUGCUGGUGAGGAUUAUCCAGGAGGAGGAAGAAAGACAGGGAGGAGGGGGAGGCAGCGUCCAGCAUCAUCCGGUAGGCUGCAUUCACAGAAACACCGAUCUGAAAUAAAAUAAUAAUAAACCGCCCCCCUCGUGGGUUUGGAUUGGAUUUUUUUUUUCUUUCUUUCUUUUCUUUUCUUUUUUUUUUUUUUGUUACCGAAUGCUGGAUACCGGCCUUCGGGGAAGGAGACGCGUGAAUACCCAACAGGACGGACUUCCAGUUGUUAUGCAAUCAGAAAGUGUCCCUGCGGCUCCUCUCUAGCGCCGGAUCUGUGCGGCCGUUUUCGAGGGCAGCUAGGAUUAUUGGGGCUGCCCGCUCUUUUUGGUGCGUGUGUGAGAGCGUAGGUGUGUGAGUGAGUGCGGGCGUGAGCGGGUGUGUGUGUGAGUGUGGGUUGGACCAUAUUGGACGCUGAUCGUGGAGAUUGGACUCAGCGGAUAUUGAGAAGAUGUCGGGGCAGACGCUGACAGACCGCAUCGCCGCGGCUCAGUACACCCUGACGGGCUCCGAGGUCUCCAGGGCCGUGUGUAAGGCCACCACACAUGAGCAGACAGCCCCAAAGAAAAAACACCUGGAAUACCUGAUCCAGGCCACCCAGGAUUCCAACGUGAACGUCCCCCAGAUGGCAGACACGCUGCUGGAGAGGGUGGGCAACGCCAGCUGGGUGGUGGUUUUCAAAGCCCUGAUCACCACACACCACCUCAUGGUGCACGGCAACGAAAGAUUUCUCCAGUUCCUGGCAUCUAGGAACACCUUGUUCAACCUCAGCAACUUCCUGGACAAAACUGGCUCCCAUGGCUACGACAUGUCCACGUUCAUCAGACGUUACAGCCGCUAUCUCAACGAGAAGGCCUUCGCCUACAGACAGAUGUCCUUCGACUUUGGACGAGUUAAAAAAGGAGCCGAUGGAGCGAUGAGGACCAUGUCAGUGGAGAAGCUGUUGAAAGGAAUGCCGAUCCUGCAGAGCCAGAUCGACUCGCUUUUGGAUUUCGAGGUUCAACCCAAAGACCUGAACAACGGCGUGAUAAACGCCUGCUUCCUCCUUCUCUUCAAAGAUCUCAUCAAGUUGUACGCCUGCUACAAUGACGGCAUCAUCAAUCUGCUCGAGAAAUUUUUCCAGAUGAAGAGGAGCCAGUGUAAAGACGGACUGGAGAUCUACAAGAGAUUCCUGACGCGGAUGACCCGAGUGUCUGAGUUCUUCAAAAUUGCAGAGCAAGUGGGAAUAGACAAAAACGACAUACCUGAGCUCACUCAGGCCCCAGAAAGUCUUUUGGAGUCUCUCGAGACUCACCUCAACACCCUGGAGGGGAAGAAGCCUGAAGACAAAUCACCCUCUAAGGAUGCAACAGCCAACAACAGUACUCCUGCUGCUGCUUCUGCAGCACCAGCCAAACCUGCUCCUCCCGCUGCAGCCGGCAGGCCUCCAGCUCGUCCCGGGCCGCCGGUGAAACCCCCUCCACCCUCUGUUACUCCAACCGCACCGGCCCCUGCCACCACCGUUACCAGCAACGCUCUGGACGACGGGUUCCUUUUGGAUCUCGACCCUAUGUCGUCCUCGUCAGCAGGGGGCGCUGCGGCAACGUCCAUGACUGGAUGGGGAGAUCUCUUGGCAGGCGCUGCCCCAGCCGCCACCAAUGGCGCGCCUCAAGCUCUCGCGGCAGACGGGAAGCCGGCUGACGCUGCAGGCGCCGCCGCUGCCGUCACUACCGCCCCUGCUGCUGCCGCUGCCACCGUUGCCGCGCCUGCAGCCGCCGCAGUCGCUGCGCCGGCAACCGCUUCUGGAACCACUGCUGCUGCAGCUGCACCGGUGCCGCCCCCCACAUCGCUGCCUCUCUCUGCUCCUGCUGCCGCCUCAGCCACUGACAUCGACCUUUUUGGAGAUGCGUUUGCACCUUCCCCAGGAGACGGUCCUGCUGCCGCGGCCGCGGGCCCCGCUGCUGAUGCGUUUAGUGGAUCUGACCCCUUCGCUACCACGGAAGGGAGCUCAAGGAUUGCUCCAGAGCUGGACCUGUUCGCUAUGAGGCCUUCCGACUCGGAGGCCGCCACCGCCAUCACUCCUCCCACCUCUAGCGAGGCGCCGACCGUCAUCGCCCCCAUCGCUGCCCCCGCUGCUCCCGCCCCUUCCUCCACUACUACUACUACUACUACCACCACCACAACCACCACCGACACCACCACCACAGAGUCUGCAGCUGCCCCGACUCUAGAUAUCUUUGGUGAUAUGUUUGAUUCUAUGCCUGAGCAAAGCCCUACCACAGAAUCCAAAGCCGCUACCACUCCUAGCGUAGACCUUUUUGGUGCAGACCUACCUGCCGUUUCACGCGGGCCCUCUCCGUUGCCCGAGCCGCCUCCGGUUGGAGACAUUGUGACGGAUACGUUUACAUCUCCAGCUCCAGCCGCCACGCCUUCUCCUGCCCCAACGCCUGCCCCCGCCCCGACUCCCGUACCGGAAGCCUCCUCUCCACCCAAACCAGAGCCAGAGCCGGUCAUUGACCUACUGGACUCCUUCAGCGGUCCUGUGGAGGAGACGCAAAGCUCUGCCCCUGCGGUGCCGGGAGGCGACCUGCUGGGAGGCCUGAUCUCCCCCACGCUGGCUCCCACGGCUGCCCUGGCUCCGGUGCAGAACGACCUUCUGGAGACCGGCUUCGACUCGCUGGCCUCGCUCCCGUCCCCGACACCGCCGGUACCCGCCGCGGCUUCGGUAGUGCCGAUAGCUCCGACCGCGGCGGCGUCAGAACCUGCGUCCGCCACGCCAGCGCCCUCCGGUGGCUUCGACGCAUCAAUGUUCGGCGGUCUAGGCGACUUGCUGAUGCCGGCGGUGACGCCUCAGAGCACCGGAGGCAGCACGGCGGGCAGCACUGGGACCCCCAGCGCACCAGGAGGAAUAUCAGCCCUCCCUCCCGCCACUCCACCUCCCACCAAAGCAAUCGGAGGAGACCUGGACUCGUCGCUGGCCAACCUGGUUGGAGACCUUGGAAUGAAGAAAAAGGAUCCGCUCGGCGAGAAGAAGCUGACAGGAGGCGCCAACUGGAUGCCGCAGGUCGCUCCCACAAGCUGGGGCUCCCCGGGGGCCCCCAUGGCUACCAGUGCGCCAGGAACAGCGCCCCCUGGUGCACCAAUGGUGCCAACAAUGAGCCCACAGCCUGGCUUUGGCAUGCCUCCUGCUGCAGGGCCAGGGGUCCCAAUGAUGCAGCCCAUGAUGAGCCAGCCUAUGAUGGGGCAGCCCAUGAUGAGACCUGCGUUCACAGGGGUUGCUGGAGCUGCACCCGGAGCGCCGCUUUCUUCAGGACUUUCAAAUCAGACCCCCAAGAAGCCCAAGGACCCUCUGGCAGACCUCGACCUCAAGGACUUCUUAUAAUACCCCAGCUGCUUUUCUUUCUGGAUCAGAGCCUUCUCAGCGUUUACCUGGCGCCUGUCAACAUCUGGAGAUGCCAGCAAUGUUCCAUUCCUC